AUUCAGUACUUUUGCACAGCGGUGUAUACCAUUGAAGGCGAAAAAUUCGAAAUUUUAAACAAUCUUUGCAUUGAAAACAAAAUUAUCGUUAGGAAUUGUCUUAAUUUUUCUUUCAUUUUAACAAUGACGAUGUCUAUGGACUCCUCUGUCAAGCUACCUGAAAUUGAAGAUUUUGAUGUUAUCAAGCCAAUAAGUCGUGGAGCAUUUGGUAAAGUCUUUUUGGGAAGAAAAAAGGAUGAAAACACUGAUGUAAAUUCAGCAAAACUCUAUGCUAUAAAAAUGAUGAAGAAAACUGAACUUGUCAAGAAGAAUAUGAUAGAACAAGCUGUUGCAGAAAGAGAUGCCCUUGCUUUAUCUAAAAGUCCUUAUAUUGUACAUCUCUUUUAUUCAUUUCAAUCAAAGGACCAAAUAUAUCUGGUAAUGGAAUAUCUCAUUGGUGGAGAUCUUAAAUCUUUGUUAUACAGUAUGGGCUAUUUUGAUGAACAAAUGGCCCGAUUAUAUAUAGCGCAGGUUGCCCUUGCUUUACAAUAUCUUCAUAAUCAUGGAAUCAUACAUCGAGAUAUAAAGCCUGACAACAUGCUUGUCUCAAAUGAAGGACGAAUAAAACUCACAGACUUUGGACUUUCAAAGCUGGACCUUGAAAGAAACAAAAAACUAACAGUGAUGGAUGCAAGGAAAACUCCAUCAUGUAAACAUUACACGUCAUCACCUGAAUACUGGAGAACACCUGGACAAAUUGCGUCACUAAAAACAGAUUUUACUUUUUCAAUUCCAAAGCUACUAAAACCAAGAACUCAGAUGCUUUCUCGUAUACUCUCAGAGGAGUGCGAAGAAACUUUAGAGUCCCCAUAUGUUUUUGCCACUCCUAAACUAAAGCACAGAAGAUCCUCUUCUUCAGCUGUGUUCCAUACCCCAGAACGGAAGGGUCAACAUUCUGAUGAGGACGAACAAGAACGCUCUCCUAAACGCCGUAGAACGAGUCGAUCAGGGUUAACAUGUGAGAUGCAGUUAUUUCAGUUGAACAAAUGCAAAGAUGUGAAUGAGAAAGUUGCUCCACGUGUUAGCACUGCAACUGAUGACGUCAGCGUUAUGGGGAGACAAGAAAAUAAAUCAAUGGAGAGCAGUCCAUUGAGCAGAAACUUUGACGAUGCAUCUCAGCGUUUGUUCAAGAUUUUUCAAACACCAAAUGUAAAUCCCACGAAGCAUUAUCAAACUGCUUCCGCGUCAAGAAUAAAAUUUCGAUCACCAUUGACGUUAGCAUGUGAUGAUACCGGACGAUGUUCCUACACAACACCUCGUCGACGUCGUGAUCACAUGACUCCACUACGAACACCAAAGUCAUGUACACGAGGUCCUAUACCUAAUCCUCGACAAAGAAUAGUGGGAACACCUGACUAUUUAGCUCCGGAAGUUUUACUUAUGCAAGAUCAUGAUGCUGGCGUUGACUGGUGGGCUCUUGGUGUGUGCUUAUAUGAAUUCCUGACUGGUAUUCCUCCCUUUUCUGACGAAACUCCUGAGCUGAUUUUCAAACACAUUAUUAACAUAGAAUAUCUUCUUCCUGAAGGAGAGGAAGCCUUGUCUAAUGUUGCUGAAAGUGCAAUUGCAAGUAUUCUUGUUAAAGAUCCUUCUAAAAGACCUAAAGCAGAAGAGAUAAAAAAGCUGUCAUUUUUUUCUGUAUUUGAAUGGUCAAAAAUUGAUGGGUAUCCAGCGCCUUUUCUUCCUCAUCCUGAUGAUGAUUUGGAUACAUUUUAUUUUGAAGCAAGAAAUUCUGCUCAAAAUAUUCAUAUGUCGUCGUUUGCGAAUGACAAACAAGAUAUUGUUACCUGAAAAGACGUUUGACAGAACGAACAUAACUCAUUAUUUAUUUAUCAUCAUCUUAAUUGUUGCUUGGGAAAUUAAUGUUCUAUAAUAUCUUUGGAUUAAAAUUAUUAAAAGCCACACAAAAGAUUGUAAUAUAAUUGACAAUGUAAAGAAAUAGAAUUAAUUUUAGUAUAAAUUAUGCAACUUUUA